AUGGGCGUCGUGGGGCCGGGCUGCCGAGAGAUGCUGACGGGCACCGAGCCGAUGCUGACGAGCGACGAGGGCCGCGCGCCCGGGGACCCGCAGCCGCGCUACUUCUACCCGGACCCGGGCGCGCACGACGCGGGCGACCGUCUCGGGGGCGGCGGCCUCGGGGCUCCCUACGCUGGGGGUGCUCUGGUGCCUGCAACCCCGGGCCGCUUCCUCGGCGCCUACGCGUACCCGCCCCGGGCCCCGGCCGCCGCCUUCCCGGGGGCGCCCGAGCCCUUCCCGCCGUCCGCGGGGGCCGACGGCUUCCAGCCCUCCGGGGACAGCGGCUACGCGGCCCCAGACCCCCGCGCCGGGCUCUACCCCGGGCCCCACGACGACUUCGCGCUGCCCGCGGGGCUCGAGGUGUCCGGGAAGCUGAGAGUCGCGCUCAACAACCACCUGUUGUGGUCCAAGUUCAACCAGCACCAGACGGAGAUGAUCAUCACCAAGCAGGGCCGGCGGAUGUUCCCAUUCCUGUCCUUCACCGUGGCUGGGCUGGAGCCCACUAGCCACUACAGGAUGUUUGUGGAUGUGGUUCUGGUGGACCAGCACCACUGGCGGUACCAGAGUGGCAAGUGGGUGCAGUGUGGCAAGGCCGAGGGCAGCAUGCCAGGGAACCGCCUCUACGUGCACCCGGAUUCCCCCAACACUGGUGCCCACUGGAUGCGCCAGGAAGUCUCCUUCGGGAAACUGAAACUCACCAACAACAAAGGCGCCUCGAACAACAUGACCCAGAUGAUCGUGCUGCAGUCCCUGCACAAGUACCAGCCCCGGCUGCACAUCGUGGAGGUGACCGACGGGGAGCCCGAGGCCGCCUGCCCGGCGCCCAGCACCCACAUCUUCACCUUCCGAGAAACCCAGUUCAUCGCCGUGACCGCCUACCAGAACGCGGAGAUCACGCAGCUGAAAAUCGAUAACAACCCCUUCGCCAAGGGAUUCCGGGAGAACUUCGAGUCCAUGUAUGCAUCUGUGGACACCAGCGUCCCCUCCCCACCUGGACCCAACUGUCAACUGCUGGGGGGAGACCCCUACUCCCCUCUCCUCUCCAACCAGUACCCCGUCCCCAGCUGCUUCUACCCCGACCUUGUUGGCCAGGCCAAGGACGUGGUUUCGCAGCCAUACUGGCUGGCCGCCCCCCGGGACCACAGCUACGAGUCCGACUUCCGAGCCGUCAGCAUGAAGCCAGCUUUCCUGCCCUCCGGCCCGGGCCCCACCAUGUCCUACUACCGAGGCCAGGACGUCCUGGCCCCCGGGGCCAGCUGGCCCGUGGCUCCCCAGUACCCUCCCAAGAUGGGCCCGGCCAACUGGUUCCGCCCCAUGCGGACUCUGCCCGUGGAACCUGGAGCCCCUGAGGGUGGGGGGCCGGACGAGCAGGGCUCCCCGUCACUGUGGACCGAGGUCACCCCGCUCCGGCCAGAGCCCGGCGACUCAGGACUGGGCGAAGGAGACUCUAAGAGGAGACGCGUGUCUCCCUACCCUUCCAGUGGCGACAGCUCGUCCCCUGCCGGGGCCCCUUCUCCUUCUGAGAAGGAUGCAGAGGGCCAGUUUUAUAACUAUUUUCCCAACUGAGCAGAGGGUGCAGAGCAGCAGAGGGAUCCUGCGUCGCUAAGUCGGAGGCCAUCGGCUCAGCGGGGAGCCAGACCCGGGCGGAGAAGCCCCCUCCCUCCGGCCCUCCUCCUUGUAGGGACUGGUUGGGGCAGAGGGGGCCAAGGAGGACUCCGGGGUUCACUUGCCGGGAGGCCCUGGACACAGGGAGCUGGGCUGGGCUGAGGCCACUGGCCCCCCGUCCUCUGUGGAGUGACCGCAGGUUUGUCCUCCUGAGCGAGCCUGCUCCGGGCGUGAGGACACCCGGACCUGACAGCAGCUGGGCAGGUCAGGGCGGACCUGGGCUGCGGGGAGCUGGCCUGGCCCCCACUUCAGGGCCAAGACACUGGGGUCCAGAGAAAGGGGCUGGGCGCGCCAGGUCUUCUUGGUCGUACUCAAGCGCUUCUUUCUUUUUCCUUUUCUGAAC